AUGUCGCAGCAACCAAGCCCUUCGCCCCCUCAGCAGGGCCAUGAUGGUAACCCUCAGGAUGUUCUCGCCGAGGCGCGUAAGAACCUCCAGGUCCUAAUUGACUCCGGUCUGUCCAAGGAGCUUCUGCAUCAGCUGGUCGAUGGUAGCCAGGCUCUCAACCUCAACCUCAGCGCGAUGACUGCCAUGCAAAGCAUGUCCGCGAUUCCAUCUCAAACUCAAGUCCAACAUCAGGCUCCGUUUUCUCAACAACCCGCCAAUCCAAGCCAUAAUGCCAACUCAGCUUCGCUCGCUCCUCCACCGCCGAUGCGAUGCCCUCCUCCGCCUCCUGUUGCGUCGAGUGUACCUAGUGUCCAGACCGUCACGACUGCACCAUCUAAUGGCUCAUCGACUGCAACGACCCCAACUCCAUCAGCCGAAAUCAAGCAUGAAGUUCUCCCCGAGGAAGUAAACUCUAUGUUCCUUCCUCCUCAGGUCGCCUUUAGUCAUCGCCCUCGUAUCUCCGUCUCCUCGACCAGCUCCGGCUCUUCAGGUCAUGCAUCCAUCUGGUCUACCAACUCGGGACAGUCAUCGAUGUCAUGGCAGUCUACUUCGACCUGUAACCGAUCGCAGGCGCCGCUUCCGAUUCCUCCUUCCAGUUCCAUGAACGGUCUUGGUCCAAUGAGUGCCCCGGUUGGCACUGCUGGCAAAACCAACAUUUAUUGGUGCACAUCGUGUGAGACAAGCUUCAAGCGCAAGUACGACUGGAAGCGACACGAGGAUGAGUUUCACGAGCGCUGGCGCAAGUACCCUUGCCCCGAGCCGGGAUGCAACCGCAGCUUUUGGGGAUCCAACUCUUUCAACCAGCAUCACAAGCAAUGCCAUGGUUGCAAAACUUGUCCUCAUGCCGAGAAAGUAGUCAAGUUCCUCCGAAAACGCAAGUACUGGGCUUGCGGCUUCUGCUCUGCUCUCCACCCAGCUCGCGAGCGUCAUGUCGAACACGUUGCCCGUCACUUUGAGUCUGGUAUGACCAAGGGUGACUGGAUGCAUUCACGCGUCGUUUAUGGUCUUCUGCACCAGCCUCUAAUCCAUGAAGCUUGGGACGCGCUCGUUGUCAGUAAGCAGCCCGAAUACAAUGGACGACGACCUCAGUUCAGCUGGCACCCAAGCAAAACCGGCCGCGCCCAAGGAUUCCUUGAGAACGAGAACCCUGGCCAGCUCCAGGACCUUCUUGAGUUCUUUUCUGGUGACGAGGGCGAAGCUCAGUGGAUCGUCAGCGUAGCUUACGACCUUGCCGACAUUGUUCUCACCUCAGCACCGAUCCCCUCUCCACAAUAUUCCCACGCCAAUCUUGGACCUCAAGGUUUUGGGCACGAUCCUCGUAUGUCGUUCAUGCCGCUGCCUACCCAAGGGCACCCAGGUCAUCAAUCUUUGAUGCCUUCACCCGAUCCUCAGCAAACCCAGUUCGCUACACCUUUCCGAAACACGAUAAUGGUGCCAUCUCAACAAUUUACCUCGCCCUCGCGACCGUCUCCAGCAUCGUCGGCACACUCACCAUUGGGACCAUCAACAUCACCCUUGAUGCCCCCUCCAGCGCCAUCUCCUCUAGAAAAGCGGGAGCUUCCCUUACCGCCACCACCUCAAUCCCAAGGACACGACGCUGGUGAAUCAAUGAUGGACUUUGAGUACUCACCAGCUCCUGUGGUUUUUGACGACUGGGAGAGUCUCACAGGUGCUGUUAUUGAACAGCCUGGCCAGCAACAUAAUGGGCCACCGGCUGACUGGGGCAUGGUGCAAUAUUUUAACGACCCCCGCGUCACAUCAUGA